GCUCUAAAAGGGUACUCACCCCAAAAUAGCAAAAGCCCCAAAAAAGUUUGCCGGUAAUCUCAUGGUUGCUCACAAGAUCGGUCGGCUCUUCUCUCCCCCUCAAAGGCGAGCCUCUUUGCUGUAAAUUGAAAUAACCAUUAAAUAAUAUUGACGAACCUCAUGUUACCAAAAGUGAGGAAAGCUGGCGGGAGGGAAGAAACUGCAGCACACUAUGCCUUUGGUCCCGUUGAAGAUGAUGUGAUCAUCAAACACAGGCUUCUAACACGAACCACCACUACAAGGGGGGAGCCGCCAUUAAAGAAGCUUCAGAAAAAAUUCAUAUCAUUUGCAUUAGAAGUCGAGAAGGACUCAGAUAACUAUGGUGACUGCGAGAGACUUUAUAAGGCAUUGUUGCAAGAGAUGGCCACUUUUGAGCUGCCUCUGCUUAAGAGCAAAGCUGUUGUUGAUGCGAACCAACGAGAGAAAGAGAGCUUUAAUGAGCUUCAGGAGCAAAUACAGCACCAGAUCUUGCAAGCUCAGGCUGAUAUUGAAGAGCUAAAGAAGCAGCUGGAGGAGAGCAAGAUCGAGAGGAAGCACAAGGAGGAGUGUGAGGCAAUAAGGAGACUGAUUGCUUUGCAACCAGCAAGGUCUGAAACUCAGAAGGUCAUAUCUGACCUCGAGAAGGAAAUAUCAUCCUUGGAGGCUGAGAAUAUUGCUGGCAUGAGGACACUGGAUCUCAGGAGAAAGCAGUUCUCUCUUCUGUUGCAUGUGGUCGAUGAGCUGCAGAACACCAUUCAGGAUGAGCAGAAGGGUUUGACCGAUGAGCUGAGGGCCGUCGUGGAAGAAACCAAGACUGGCUUUGAAGAUGGCAGUGGUGGGGGCUCAGAGGCCAUGUCGGUUGACUAAUUAUUCAGUUGCGUGCUUUAUCAUUUACUUUUCUUUUAGUUUUACUCUUGGGUCAAGGUUGCAUCUGAUUCGAAUUGUGUUCUCUUUGCAAGUUGAGGAUGUUCGAUAAUGUCGUCUAUUGCUGUUACAACUUUAUUUUGAGUAAAAAGACAGGAAGAAGCAAAUGACUAAAGUUUACCUUA